AUGGCGAGUCAGGGAAAAAGACCAGCUGACGGCCCAUUGCAACCAACAAAGCAGAACUCAAUUCCUCCAUCAGCGAAGCGGCGUGUAGAACGAAAACUCGCCGAAUACGAUGAGUUCGUUGAGAACGACAACGAAGACACCUAUCAUCAUGACCCAACGAAGGAAAUGCCUCCCAACCUACCCAUUUACCAUAGCGAGUUCUCAAAAGCUGAGAGUGCUUGUCUGAAAAUUCCACUUGACUUCCUUGCCGCAGCAGAGGCGGAUCAAGACCCACAGCUGGCUGCACAACUGGAAAAGAGGGUGGGAACUGUGAUUGGAAACUAUCAAAGCAAGCCAGAGUCUGUAGCAGUCGUUGGUAAAACUGGGCAAGGGAAGUCCAGACUGAUAGACGCUAUUAUGGGAAUCGAUCAAAUCGCGAAAUCAGGGGGAAACGGCGUCGCUGGAAUUUGCGUUCCGAUCGUCUACUCACCACGCCCAGUCAACUCACAAUUGGCCUACAGAGUAAAUGUCGAAGUGAUUGGCAAGAGGGAAUGUCGAACCUCUGUGCGCCAACAUAACCACAACAUCAUAGACGGAUUUGACGAUUCGGAAGGAUCGCUCUCACUAGCCGAUGAUGAAGGACCGGAUAGCAUAACCGUGCUCAAAAAUCUGUUCCACGUUUAUUCGGAGUUUGCAUCGGACGAUGCGAUCUUCGCUUUCCUAGGAUUUAAACAUGAUGCGUCCGACCCACCAUCAAGCGCAGAACUAGAGAAGAUCAUCGAUACCUGCAUCAGCCGGGCUGAGAAGCGGCGCCUGAAGAUCGCUGCCAAAUUCCCAAUCUAUCCUGACAACGUAAACGAACUUUGA